UUAUUCUAAAGAUGAAGGGGAGCUCCCUGCUUCAACAGACUGUUCAAGGAAGAGGACUCCUUUUGCACACGUACUUUUUGUUACCUUCCAAUAAUUAGAUCAGAAGAUGAACCCAACUAAUCCUUUUGGUGGGCAGCAGCCUGUUUUCCCAACAUCUUCUAGUAGUUCCAUGGGAACAUUUCAGGCUAAGCCACCAUUUCGAUUUGGUCAGCCUUCCCUUUUUGGACAAAACAAUACGUUAUCUGGGAAAAGUUCAGGAUUUUCACAGGUAUCCAGCUUUCCGGCAUCUUCAGGAGUAAGUCAUUCUUCUUCAGCACAAACAGGAUUCUCCCAAACCUCAAAUGUCGGACUCUUUUCUGGACUUGAGCACACUCCGGCUUUUGUAGCUACUUCUGGACCUUCAAGUUCAUGUGUACCCGGAAACCCAGGAUUUAGUUUUAAAUCACCCAACAUUGAGGCUUUGGCAGGUACUUCUACUUUUGGACCAGAAACUGGAGAAAUAGCAACCACUGGUUUUGGGAAAACUGAAUUCAGCUUUAAACCUCGGGAAAAUUCAAUGUUCAGACCAAUAUUGGGGGCUGAAUCAGAGCCAGAGAAAACUCAGAGCCAAAUUACCCCUGGAUUUUUCACAUUUUUCCACCCAAUUAGUAGUGGACCUGGAGGACUGGCCCCAUUUUCUUUUUCUCAGGUGACUAGUAGUUCAGCUACCAAUUCAACUUCUACCUUUUCAAAACCAGUUAAUAGUAAUAAUUCAUUGCCUGCUUUUACUUCUGAUUUGUCAAACCAAAAUGCAGAGGAAGAGAAGAGAGGCCCUAAAUCACUGUUUGGAAGUUCUAGUAGUAGCUUCACCAGCUUCUCCACAUCUUCAGGGUCUUUGGGUGAACACUUCCCGGUUAGCAAAACAGGUGCCCGACAAGGAUGUGAAGAAGCUGUUUCCCAAAUGGAGCCACUUCCCAGCCUCAUGAAAGGACUGAAAAGAAAGGAGGACCAGGAUCGCUCCCCAAGGAGACACGGCCAUGAUGCAGCAGAAGACUUGGACCCCCUGUCAAGGGGCGAUCAUCCUCCAGACAAAAGACCUGUUCGUCUGAGUCGACCCCGAGGAGGCACUUUGUUUGGUCGGACGAUACAGGAUGUCUUCAAAAGCAAUAAAGAAGUAGGUCGUCUGGGCAACAAGGAAUCUAAAAAGGAAAUUGGCUGUGCUGAGUCUGGGGAAAAUGACCACAUGGCUAUCCCAGGAGGCAGUCAGUCUGUCCUGGCACCUUCCCGUCUUCCAGGUCUGAAUAAAGAGGAAGAAACUGAAAGUAGAGAUAAAAAGGAAGAUUCUCUAAGAGGAACUCCUGGGCGACAGAGUAAAAGAAGUGAGAGCACAGAGAGUCUUGGGGGCUUGUCUCCUGCUGAAGUCACAGCAAUCCAGUGCAAGAACAUCCCCGACUAUCUCAAUGACAGAACCAUUCUGGAGAACCACUUCGGCAAAAUUGCUAAAGUGCAGCGCAUCUACAUCAGGCGCAACAAGAAGCUCGCCGUGGUGUAUUUUUUUGAUCAUGCUUCUGCAGCUCUGGCCAGGAAGAAGGGAAAAGGUUUGCAUGAAGACAUGGCUAUCUUUUGGCACAAGAAGAAAAUAAGUCCCAACAAGAAACCUUUUUCCCUCAAGGAGAAGAAACCAGGUGACAGUGAAGCUGGCGAGGGCACCGAGGACACACCCUUCCAGCACUCCCCUGUUGGCAAGCCUGUGGGGAGGGCUGCAGCCGGUAGCCUCCUGAAUAAGAGCUCUCCAGUGAAAAAGCCAAGUCUUCUGAAGGCCCACCAGUUUGAAGGAGACCCUUUUGACGAGGGCUCUGAGGGCUCUGAGGGUCUUGGGCCGUGUGUGUCCUCCCUCAGCACCCUCAUAGGCACUGUGGCUGAGACAUCUGAGGAGAAGUACCGCCUGCUUGACCAGAGGGACAGAAUCAUGCGGCAAGCUCGGGUGAAAAGAACUGACCUGGACAAAGCGCGGACUUUUGUUGGGACAUGCCCAGACAUGUGUCCUGAGAAGGAGCGGUACAUGCGUGAGACCCGGAGCCAGCUGAGCGUAUUUGAAGUGGUCCCAGGGACUGACCAGGUGGACCACGCGGCGGCCGUGAAGGAGUACAGCCGUUCCUCAGCAGAUCAGGAGGAGCCCCUGCCACAUGAGCUGCGGCCCUCGGCAGUGCUCAGCAGGACCAUGGACUACCUGGUGACCCAGAUCAUGGACCAGAAGGAGGGCAGCCUGCGGGACUGGUAUGACUUCGUGUGGAACCGCACACGGGGCAUACGGAAGGACAUCACGCAGCAGCACCUAUGCGACCCCAUGACAGUGUCCCUGAUCGAGAAGUGCACCCGGUUUCACAUCCACUGUGCUCACUUCAUGUGUGAGGAGCCCAUGUCCUCCUUUGAUGCCAAGAUCAACAAUGAGAACAUGACCAAGUGCCUUCAGAGUCUGAAGGAGAUGUACCAGGACCUGAGAAACAAGGGAGUCUUCUGUGCCAGCGAAGCAGAGUUCCAGGGCUACAAUGUUCUGCUCAAUCUCAACAAGGGGGACAUCCUAAGAGAAGUGCAACAGUUCCAUCCUGCUGUUAGAAACUCCUUUGAAGUGAAAUUUGCUGUUCAGGCUUUUGCUGCAUUGAAUAGUAACAAUUUUGUGAGAUUUUUCAAACUGGUCCAGUCAGCUUCUUAUCUGAACGGUUGUCUAUUACACUGUUACUUUAAUCAGAUCCGCAAGGACGCUCUCCGAGCACUCAACGUCGCGUACACUGUGAGCACGCAGCGGUCCACUGUCUUUCCCCUGGACGGCGUGGUGCGCAUGCUGCUGUUCAGAGAUUGCGAAGAGGCCACAGACUUCCUCAACUACCACGGGCUCGCCGUCUCUGAUGGCUGUGUUGAGCUGAACCGGUCCUCGUUUCUGGAACCUGAGGGGUUAUCCAAGACCAGGAAGUCGGUGUUUAUUACCAGGAAGCUGACCGUGUCAGUUGGGGAAAUUGUGAAUGGAGGGCCGUUGCCCCCUGUCCCUCGUCACAUACCCGUGUGCAGCUUCAACUCCCAGAACAAGUAUGUCGGAGAGAGCCUGGCUGCUGAGCUACCCGUGGGCACUCAGAGACCCUUGGACACAGCAGGUGCAGGGAGAGGAGAGGAGAGCAGUGCAGAGGCAGACGUGUCCCCACCCGCUCUCCUCCCGCAGCCUCUUCCUCCCCCUCUGCCCACACCAGUCUCUCUGCCUCACCUCCCGGCACCGGCACCAGCCCCGAGUGUGGUACCCAGCCCCUUCCAGCCCCUUGGGCAGCCUACCGUGCAGCCUGAGCUGCUUCCACCAAAGCCUGUGCCUGUGUACUCUGACACGGACCUGGCACAGGUGGUGGAUGAGCUCAUCCAGGAGGUUCUCGAGAGGGACUGCAAGGAGGUUGGUGCUGCCGGGGCGGCCUUCGCAGCCACAGCUCUGGGUGUUUCCAAUGCUGCCAUGGAGGAGUUGCUCACAGCUGCAACCACAGGCAUUUUGAGGCACAUUGCAGCUGAAGAAGUGACUAAGGAAAGAGAACGAAAGGAGGAGGAGAGGCGACGGGCUGAAGAGGAGAGGUUGAAACAAGAGAGAGAACUGGUAUUGACUCAGCUCAGCCAGGGCCUGGCCACAGAGCUGAUGGAACUCGUGGUGAUGGAUUGCGUUAGGGAAACCUGCUCCCAGGAGUUGAAGAGCGCGGUGGAGACAGACGACAGGCUCCGCAGGGCCCGUUGCUGUGAGGAUGUCUGUGCCCACCUGGUGGACUUGUUUCUUGGGGAGGAAAUUUUCCAGACUGCAAAGGAGACCCUCCAAGAACUUCAGUGCUUCUGCAAGUAUCUCCAGAGGUGGAGGGAAGCUGUCACAGCCCGGAAGAAACUGAGGCGCCAGAUGCGGGCCUUCCCUGCGGCACCCUGUGUGGACGUGAAUGACCGGCUGAGGGCGCUGGCGCCGAGUGCAGAGUGCCCCAUCACUGAGGAGAACCUGGCCAAAGGCCUCCUGGACCUGGGCCAUGCAGGGAAAGUAGGCAUCUCUUGCACCAGGUUAAGGUGGCUCAGAAACAAGACGGCACACCAGCUGAAGGUUCAGCACUUCCACCAGCAGCUGCUGAGUGAUGCAGCCUGGGCGCCCCUGGACCUGCCAUCCCUUGUGGCUGAGCACCUCCCUGGGAGACAGGAGCGUGUGUUCUGGAAGCUGGUGCUGGUGUUGCCUGACGGAGAAGAGCAGUUCCCAGGGAGUCCUGGCAGAAUCCUAGAAAAUUGGUUAAAAGUCAAGUUCAUGAGUGAUGAUGGCUCAGUGGAUGACACAUGCAGUGAUGCUGGUGGGAUUCAGACACUCGCACUGUUUAAUGCACUCCACAGCAGAGGGAGUCAGACAGUUUCUGUCAAUGUGUGUAUAAAGGUGGCACAUGGUGCGCUCAGUGACUGUGUCCUGGAUGCCGUGGAGACGCAGAAGGAGCUCCUGGGGGCCAGUGGGCUCAUGCUGCUGCUUCCCCCCAAAGUGAAGAGCGAGGAUGUGGCAGAGGAGGAUGUGUACUGGUUGUCGGCGUUGCUGCAGCUGAAGCAGCUCCUGCAGGCCAAGCCCUUCCAGCCUGCACUUCCGCUGGUGGUUCUUGUGCCCAGCCUGGGAGGGGACACUGUGGAGAAGGAAGUGGAAGAUGGUCUGAUGCUCCAGGAUUUGGUUUCGGCUAAGCUGAUUUCAGAUUACACCGUUCUUGAGAUCCCUGAUUCCCUUAAUGAAUUACAAGGCACAAGGAAGGUUUCACAGGCUGUGCAGUGGCUGGUCUCCCGCUGCCCCUGUGCCCUUGACCUUUGCUGCCAGACCCUCAUUCAAUAUGUGGAAGAUGGGGUUGGCCGUGAGUUUAGUGGCCGGUUUUUCCGUGACAGAAGAGAGAGGCGGCUAGGCGGCCUGGCCUCACAGGAGCCUGGUGCCAUCAUUGAGCUCUUCAACAGCGUGCUGCACUUCCUCGCAUCCGCAGUGUCCUCCGAGCAGCUUUGUGACCUGUCCUGGCCCGUCACCGAGUUUGCUGAGACGGGAGGCAGCCAGCUGCUUCCUCACCUGCACUGGAACUCCCCGGAGCACCUGGCCUGGCUGAAGCAGGCAGUGCUGGGAUUCCAGCUCCCGCAGAUGGACCUUCCGCCCCCAGGGGCUCCCUGGCUCCCCAUGUGCUCUCUGGUCAUCCAGUAUGCCUCCCAGAUCCCCAGCUCUCGCCAGACACAGCCCGUCCUCCAGUCCCAAGUGGAGAAUCUGCUUCGCAGAACAUACUGCAGGUGGAAGAGCAAGAGCCCAUCCCCGGGCCGGGGUGCAGGGCCCUCGGUUUCAGAGAUCCCGUGGGAUGAUGUCAUUGCCUUGUGCAUCAACCACAAGCUGAGGGACUGGACACCCCCGAGGCUUCCCGUCACGUCAGAGGCGCUGAGUGAAGAUGGUCAGAUAUGUGUAUAUUAUUUUAAAAACCAUUUGAAAAAAUAUGAUGUUCCUUUGUUGUGGGAACAAGCCAGAAUGCAGACGCAGAAGGAGCUACAGCUGAGUCAGGGGCGUUUGGGGAUAAAGUCUUUUCAUCCUUCUGCAAACAAGUUUCCCACUCCGUUACUUCACAUGCACCGCAAAGGGAAGAGGAGUGUGGAGUGUGGCCGAGAGGGGUGGAUUCCCAACGCGGAGGAUCUGAUGCGCGGUGCCUCUGCCCACGAGCUCCUGGCCCAGUGUCUGUCCAGUAGUCUGCUGCUGGAGAAAGAGGAGAGCAAGAGGUUUGAAGAUCAGCUUCAGCAGUGGUUGUCUGAAGACUCAGGAGGAUUUACAGAUUCAACUUCCUUACCCCUCUACCUUCCUCAAACUCUGGUGUCUCUGCCUCAAACUAUCGAACCUGUGGUGAAAACAUCUACAACUCCUAGCCCUCAGUUUCUUUUUUAUUCAAAUAGUAUGAAAGGACAGGGGAGCAACUGCAGCUGUCAGAGGCAACAGGCACAUCUCUGACCGAACGCCUGAAGCACCUGGAAAGGCUGAUCCGGAGUUCAAGGGAAGAGGAGGUUGCCUCUGAGCUCCAUCUCUCUGCACUGCUGGACAUGGUGGACAUUUGAGCUGCCGGACCUGAGUGAGGGAGAGUCUCUCCAGAAGAUUUUCUGCUUUUACUCAAAAUAAUGUUAUUCUCAGAUGCUUGAUGCACUGUUGGAAAUGUGAUUAUUAAUCAUGCAAAUAAACUAUUUGAAUGUCUAA